AUGGGCCGCAAGUGGACGACAAAAGACCAAGAAGAGUUUCUUACUGGAUGGGGGCCGCGUUACAAACAAGCCAGCGAAAAGAAAAAUUACAUGUUUUUCUGGGACGACCUUUUUUCGGCAUGGUUCAUCGCGUUCCCUGAGGCUGUUGCGGCCGAUGUAGUGAACAUUGCGCCCGAGCUAUGGUCACCUGAACAACAGGAGACAGCUCAAAAGGGCAUCCUGCAACGUAAAGCGCAACUGCAAGACUGGUUUCGAAACCACAUGUGUCCCGAUUGUCGCGUGGAUUCGCCUGGAUACAUUAGAAAGCUUGUGAAGCUGCAUGAGCAGAAGAAUACUGGCAAGCACUCUCGAAAGGCGACAGAGAUGUAUUCGGCACGAUUCUACCAAGGCUCAGAUACCCAGAAGACCGUUCAGAAGCGACUGCGAGACGAGGCACCUCGUGAUCCGGCUGGAGAGCUUAUCCAGGAAACGAAGGCGGAGAAAUCGAGUCGUCGGAUGAAGAUCUACGGUGCUGAGAUCAUGGCGGCAUGGAAGGGCGCGACAGAAGAACAAACAAGUGAGGUAUUGGUUGCGCUGGACGAGAGCCGAAUGCGAAGAAUGUCUGAGGAGGACAACGAUCCUAUGCCAGAUGACCAACAAGAGUGA